UCAUUCGCUCAGUACAAGAAGUGAGCGGCAGCAGAAGAACAUCGACGACUUGUGCCUGUUGUCAGAAAAGCAUGUCGCUCCUUCGUUUGUGGCGACUUUCAAAAGCGAAACAAAGGAGACAUUGGGGUUACAAAUGACUGAAAUGACCUUUUGUGGAUUUUUUUUCAUUUGUCAGAUUUGUCAGAGUGGAAAAUGUCGCAGUGGUUCUGGAUGUUGAUGCUGAGUUCCAUAAUAAGUGAAGCUGGCACUCAAGGGGAAAACCGGGUGAUUUUCUUGCCGGGAACGUUUCAGAACAUCAGCGUGUCUGCGAAUGAGACCGUACAGGCUGUGGCGAGCAGGAUCCCCCCGGAGGUUGCUUUCAUCACAGUGCAGUUCCACACACAGCGGCACAACGUCACGCUCUCCUAUGGCACCACACCUGUACCUGGUCUGUCAUCGACAGCGGUGGACACCGGUAUCCUAUCCGCUCUCUUGCCAGGACAAACCUCCUUCACUCUCUUCCUGUUCUCCGCUGACAAAGACACGGUUGCAGGCACUGGGGUUAUUCUCCCGUUCUCCAGCACAGACCCAAUGCCUGGAGGCUGUAACAUUGCAUUUAACCUGAACGCCGACCCCAACAUCUACCUCCACUACAACCUCUACGAGACCACCAUCCGCUUUGCACCCGCCAACCUGGGUUACGCGAGGGGCAGCGCUCGUCCAUCCUGUGACACCUCUACAGGGGUCAGCAUGCAGUGGCGGCUACAGUACGACGUCUACCAGCAUUUCUUGCCUGAGAGGGACUUCUCAGAGCGCAGCCUGUUCCAUGGUUUCCAGACUGUUGCAGAUGUCGCGGGCGUGAUGGAGAACGGCAAACUGAUGAUGACAUUAUCUUCAACAGAUGCAAGGAUGGCGAUAUUCAGCUCUAUCCCCGGCCAGGGUGUCAUCUACUCUGUCAUUGUUCGAGACCUCGUCCUCAACACAUCUGCCGCUUACGUACCCGUACACACGUAUGCUUGCAGUUUCAACUCUAAGUUGGACGGCUGUCAAACACUUGGACAAAUAUCAACCAAGGUUUUUUUCACGGUGGUAGGCUUGGCUGGUCUCUUUGUCUGCUUCUUUGGACACAGAUUCUUCAAAUGUGAGUUGUUUUGCAUGGGGUUCAGCUUUUCCACCUUUUUCUUCUUUGUGCUCAUCACGAGGACCACGGGACUGGAUUAUGACAUACGUCUGGCUGUGUCGUCAGUGAUUGGCGUGGUGUGCGGGAUCCUCCUGGUGUUGAGCUGGUGGCGCUUUGGUUCCGUGAUGGCAUGCGUGGUGGUGGUCGGUCUGAUGCUCGGCUUCCUCGUGGCGUCCACUGUCCUCUUCACCCCUCUCGGUGACGUUGAUGUGUUCAGGCGCUCCGACGCGGUUUUCUGGGUGACGUUCUGCAGCAUCAUGAUCAUCGUCCCACUCUUCUUUGUGCGUUGGCCCAGAGAGGGUAACAUCACCGCAUGUGGAGUCAUCGGAGCUUACGCUGUCAUCCUGGCUGUCAAUGCCUACGUCUACACCAGCCUUUCCUACAUCACCCUCAACAUCCUCAAGCGCUUCCUCAACAACAACUUCAGUGCUGCGUUCACUGACGUGCCGUUCCAAACCAUCGAUUACAUCCUGAUCACAGUGUGGGUGGUGCUGGGCGUCUCGGGCAUCGUCUUGCAGCUGUACCGGGAACGCACGCGGCCCUUCUUCCCUCCCAGCCCGUACCUCAUGUGGCUGCAGGAGCGUGAACGCCGCAAGACCAACGUGCUGGACCCGAGCCAUCACUUCCCGCCGCUUCCCAAUCGCCUCAUGGCCAGAGUGCGCCAGCUCACACGGCGGACAGAGCCGGCCGGAGAGCACACGCCUCUGCUACUCUAGAGACAGUUGCGUUAACUUCAGUGUGAGCCAGAUUGGGAAUGACCACUGGGUUGUGUUUGAGUCCCACAUGGCGUCAGACUUCCAAGUUGCGAAGAAGGCCCUGCGUUUUUUGAUGGACCAUCUUUACAACAUAUUCUCAUAUUUAACUUAUCACCACUGACACAGAAGUGAAAGACAUCUGACGUCAGAUUUUUUUGGUUUUAUUGCUUUGAAUGUCGCUGCACUUUUCUGUUUGCACUAAAACACAAACUUGCGUGGUUUUAUAACUUCGGCUUUUUAAAGAUACAAAUACACCAGAGAUUUUUAAUAUAACAUUUACGCUUUAAGCUCAGCUCUCAGUAAUUAUGUCAGUCAACUAAAGAACAACUGACAGCGAACCUGAAAGCUAAUUUCUUUGCAUUUAUUUAAAUCGGAAUGAAACCUAUGAUAGUUUUCUUUUAAUUUUCUUGUUAGUUAUGAUUUAAUUUUUGUGUACUGUUGUCCCAUCAUUUUUCCUCAGGUUUUCACUCAGAUGUUGAUGCACUGACGCUAAACAACCGAUAAACUAAAUUGUUUUGAUAAUAAAAUGUUGGGAAAGUGCCUAUUCAGCAUCUUCUUCUGGGGAUAUUUUAGCGGUGGUGGAACUCUAGUGCCCUCUAGCGCUACUGGUGUUCCAUAAUUUCUGAAGUUGCUAAACACAUGCUGACGGUGGACCGAAUCUUGUGUUUAACAUUCAAUACAAAAGUGAGGUUAUUAUUAUUAUUAUUUAA